AUUUCAGGUAUGAGCACAUCGGCCGCUGAUGAUGUUGACAAAGCGGUCCAGUUUGUGCUGAGUACACUCGAUAAGAAUGGUAACACGGAGCUGACGACACUUCAAGUCGCCAAAGAGCUGAAUAUAGAUCAUCAAGCAGUUGUUGGGGCGAUCAAGAGUCUUCUCACUCAUGAUGGGAUAAUCUUGACAAGUGAUGCAUCUGAGAAAAGUGUGAAACUCACUAAUGAGGGAAACGAGAUGGCCGAGAAAGGCUCCGCUGAAUACCGCGUCUAUGAGCAAAUAGGUGCCGAUGGUGCUUUGCAAGCGGACAUUAUGAAGCAGCCAUUUGGGAAGGUUGGCGUUAACAAAGCUCUGGCUGCAGGCUGGAUAUAUAUUGAUAAGAGUGGCGGAGCCGUUCGUUUGGCACGUAAAGAUAAUGUAGAUGUGGUGGAUCAUGUAGGAGAACAGCUGAAGAAGUUAGAUAUUGGAGAACAUGUCGAAGAUAAAGCCAUUGCUGAGCUGAAAAAGCGAAAACUAGUCCAUGAAGUCCUUACCAAAUAUAUCAUCGUGAAGAAAGGUCCGAACUUCACUACCUCAAUCACUAAGCCAGAAGUUGACCUUACGCCAGAAAUGAUAGCAACAGGCUCUUGGAAGAAUAAAACCUUCAAGCAGUAUAAUUUCGAUGCGCUUGGCGUUCAGCCUCCAUGUGGUCAUUUGCACCCCUUGAUGAAAGUUCGCUCUGAGUUCCGCCAGAUUUUCUUCUCUAUGGGCUUUUCGGAAAUGCCCACUAAUCGAUAUGUGGAAAGCUCUUUCUGGAAUUUCGACGCACUCUUCCAGCCUCAGCAACAUCCUGCUCGAGAUGCACAUGACACCUUCUUUGUUUCAGAACCGGCUCUCAGCACUGAGUUUCCAAUGGAUUACUUGGAACGUGUGAAGACUGUUCAUUCCAAAGGCGGUUAUGGAUCGGCGGGGUACAACUAUGACUGGAAAAUUGAAGAAGCUCAAAAGAAUGUGUUGCGAACACAUACAACAGCAGUUUCAGCACGACAACUCUAUAAAUUAGCUCAAGAGGGUUUCAAACCAACGAAGAUGUUUUCCAUUGAUCGGGUAUUUCGAAACGAGACUUUGGAUGCCACUCACCUGGCCGAAUUUCAUCAGGUCGAAGGUGUUAUCGCGGAACGUAAUUUAUCACUGGCUCAUCUUAUCGGAAUUUUCACUGAGUUUUUCAAGAGACUUGGUAUUACAAACCUUCGUUUCAAACCGACUUACAACCCGUACACCGAGCCCUCAAUGGAGAUAUUUGCUUAUCAUGAGGGUCUGAAAAAAUGGGUUGAGAUUGGAAAUUCUGGAAUGUUCCGACCUGAGAUGCUACUCCCGAUGGGGCUACCAGCAGAUGUGAACGUUGCUGGAUACGGUCUUUCUCUUGAAAGGCCCACAAUGAUCCGAUAUGGUAUCGAUAAUAUAAGAGAUAUGUUCGGACCAAAAGUCAACCUAGAGAUGAUUUAUAAUGGCCCCAUCUGUCGGUUGGAUAAGAAGGUGAAAGUUUGUUGGAAGAAAAUGCAAUUGUUAUUAUUUAUUGGCUCUUUUUCUCAUGUUAGGUUUUAUAAAUUGAACCCAGUGGCGACUCUUGAACUAGUGGUCUAA